GAUUGUGAUACACAGUUUAUUGUGAUGCUGCUUUAUUUAAAAGUCGUACACAGUGUUUGUAAUAUCAGUUAAAUUUGUGUUUAAACGUAGUUCAGACUGGAGAGAUCAGCUCGAUCAGUAGAUCGAUCAGUAAGAGUAAAUGGCGGACUGUGGGGUGGACAGUGAAGCGGAGUGUAGGAUCAGUGCAGGAGAUUAUGUGGUUUUAAAGAGAGGAGAUGUUUACAAAUCUGUACAGAUCGAGACUAAAAAAAAGGUCAUUUUUGAGAAGCAGUGGAUCUUUUUGGAUGCUACUGUUGGAGAACUUUAUGGCUCGACAUUUGAAGUGGAUGCAGGAGGGAAACUUAAUAUACUAAAACCAAAGGGCUCUAUGGAAGAUUCUGCAGAGAUGAAAGAAGCAGGUCAGGACAACAGACACAUUGUAGAUGAUGGAAAAUCACAGAGACUGACCAGAGAUGACAUCGAAUCACUCAAAGAGCAAGGAAAAAAGGGCCAGGAGAUAAUUCAGGAACUUAUAAACAACAGCACAACAUUCAGGGAUAAAACAGAAUUUGCUCAGCAGAAAUACAUCAAGAAGAAAAAGAAGAAGUAUGAAAGCAAAAUAAGAGUACUGAAGCCAACGUCUCGCAUUCUAGCCAUGAUGUAUCAUGGUAGAGAACCCGGCAAAGUAUGUCACCUGCGGUAUGAUACUUUGGCUCAAAUGCUGACUCUGGGAAACAUUCAUGCCGGCAGUAAGAUCAUCGUGUUUGAGACAUGUGCCGGCCUCGUCCUCGGCUCAGUUAUGGAAAGAAUGGGAGGCCAUGGCUCAGUCAUCCAGAUGUAUCCUGGUGGAGGUCCGGUCAGAGCAGGCAUGGAGAGCUUUGGCUUUCCCUCACAUUUCCACGAGACGUUACACGAGUUUCCUUUAUGUAAGGUGAACGCUCUGUUGUCAGGAACACUAAACCUGGAUGAGAAAGAUACAGAUGAACCAAACAAUGGACAGUCAGAGGUACAACAGUCUCAGGCUUCCUCAGACAGCUCUGAGCCACAGAGCAUGGAGGUGAGCACCGAUCCGGCUGAAGUCAAGAAGAGGGAGGAGAGAGAGAAGCUACGUGAGCAAAGGGCACAAGAGAAGAAAGUGAGGAUGGAGGAGAAGAGAAAAAAGAUGGCGGCUGCUGCUGCCCUGCUCACAAGCCGAAAUGCAGACGGGUUAGUGAUUGCCAGUCGCUUUCACCCCUGUCCUGUCCUGCUGGGCUUACUGAAAUUUGUAGCACCAUCCAGACCAUUUGUAGUUUACUGCCAAUACAGAGAGCCGUUGAUUGAAUGUUAUACGAAGCUCAGGGAGCAAGGCGGGGCCAUUGGUCUCAAACUGACGGACUCCUGGCUCCGGCAUUACCAGGUGUUACCCAACAGGACUCAUCCAGUACUGCUGAUGAGUGGGGGUGGGGGUUAUCUACUCUCUGGAAUCACAGUCUCCGUGGAUGCUGCCACCUCAGGUGUUUCACAAAAAACCUCCGAACCAGCAGCGAAGAGGAUGAAGCUCAGUGAGACGAGCAGCACCAGUGACACUGCGGUCUAGUCUUUUCAUUUGGUCUAAUUUAUUUUAGCAGACAUAACCUAAAUGAGCUUUUCUCCAUGGAUCAAAUCCUUUUUUUUGUUGUUGCAGGCUUUAUUGAAAGCCCUGGUCUUUUAUUUUUGUAUUUGAAGGGCCAGUGUUUGAGCCAGUCAUUUUUAUAUUUUAUUUGAUGAGUGAUUCGCCUGCUGUUUCAUGAUGUGUUGAACAGCUGACCUCGCAUAAGCAUGAUAACAGUCAAUAAAAUAUGACAUUAAUUAAAAAGUUUUUUUUUUUCAUCACAGUGACACAAUUAAGGGUUUUUGUCCCAUUUUAACUUUUUAUUUGAUGCAGACAACCAAUGAAACAUUUUGACAAAUUCUACAAAAUUUAGAACAGUUGACAUGCUGUUGUUUUUAUGCACAAUCCACAAGUACAUACGAGACAAUAUAACAAGCAUAGUUUGUGAAUUUAUUUUGUUGGUUUUUUUUAAUAAUGCUUUUGGUUUCAGAUACAAGUCAACCUAAUAAAUACAAAAGAGUGCAAAAGUUUUCAUACCCAGUGAAUUUAAUUUAAGCAAAGCUUUCAGUGUAUGAGGUUUCACUGCAGUUCUGUUGAUAUGUGGAUAUCAAAUUAGUAAAUACUUAAGAUAUUAAAGUAGAACUGUAACAAUUGGGUGUUUUUUAUAUCAGCAAAUACAGGUAUGCCAGAUAUUUGGGGUGGAAAAAUACAUUACACUCUAUAAAAAAGAAUUGCUAGAAUGACACUUCUUUUUGAAUAGCAAUUUAAAAAGAAGUUUAGAAUAAGAAUUAGAAUUUGCUUUCUAAAUGUGAUUUUUAUUUACUGAUAACUAAUCAUUUUGAUCUGGUGACAUUUCAUUCGACUGCUAUACUUGUCUUCUGAUCAGCUUUUGGAUCUUUGCAUUUAUCUAAUAAUAUAUUUCCAACAUUUAAUAGUAAUAUCAUGAAAAUGAUAGUAAUUUUUGAAUGGUAUCAUUUGUUAAAACUAUUCAAGACUUUAAUAUUUGAUUAAAAAUUAAAUAUUUUAAAAAUAAUUUACUAAAUUGUAUAUUAAGGUCACCCAUCAGCCCAGCUACUGUAUAUCUGUGUGCUUUUGUUUAGGAUGAGACAUAGUUCUAUGCACAUAGCUUUUUUAAAAUCUCUUAGCUAAUUUUAGCUAGUAGGUGGGUAGAAGGAUUGUUUUUGACCUGUUGUCAAUCAGUCCACUGUGAAUUUGUAUUGUCACUGAUUGUAAAUGAAGGGCUUAAGGUAAAAAAAAAAAUGUGUGUGCAUGCACUUUACAUUAACCUCUACACAAACUUCCGGCACAGCCUAUGUUCAAACGUAGGGUGAAUGCUCUUUCGUUAAAGUUAAGUUUCAUUCAAGUUUGGGGAAAACUGCUUUAAUUGUAGGCCCUGUGUGAGAAGGGUUUAAAAUACAUUUUACAUGUAUCAUAUUAAUGCCUAAUCAUGAAUAGAAUUAAAAUAUAUUGUGUAUAAAGUUAUGAGAUUCAAAAAAUACAUUUUACCAUGGUUUCGCAGCACCUAGGUGUCACAGUCAGCCAUCACACUUUAAAAACUAUAGUUCUAGACCUAUAUGUUCUUUUAUAUCUGCACAUAAACAGUGUUUGGAAAUUGGUAGGAUACACUCAUA